AUGGAGCAUACAAAAGACGUCUAUAACCGCUUCCUGCCAGCAAGUGACGAGAAGCCGCCGAUUCCUCCACUUUGCCGCUGUAAUUCGCUAGGUACGGCAGGGUUUCCAUGCAUUCAUCUCAUCAUACAGUACGAAGUGGAGAACAAGAGCUUUGAGCCUGAGUUAUUCCAUCAACACUGGCAUUUAUACAGUGUCUCUGCGCCUCCUAUUAACCCGCUACUCCUACUCCAGGAUCCUCUCCAAGUACGCCGGCGAGGACGCCCCCAAGGCGCUAGGAACUUCAUCGGCGGCGAAAGCACCCAAGCAAGCACCCAAGACACCUCCACCCAGCGAGAACCCUCCGGCUUCGAGCUCAUGCUAUCCCAGGAAGGUGGACGUGGACGUGGCCGUGGACGUGGCCGUGGCCGUGGCCGUGGCCGUGGACGUGGACGUGGAGGAACACAACAAGCCUCGCAGGGUGAUAACGGAGUGGGAAUAGCUUCGUCUACGGCCCAGGAAGCCCGUACGGCAUCGCCGGCGAGCAUUCCUCCUUCAUCUCAAGGGUCGGGAAUAGCUUCACCGGUCGCUCAGGACGCGAAUCGCCGGUCGGGCCGGAUCAGGAAGCGGCCAAAGCAUUACGAAUGGUAA